AUGGCGACAAGUGGCGAGAGUUGGUGGUGCCACCGCUGCAGAUUGUGGCGCAAAGCCAGAAGCCAGAUCUGCGACCAGUGUGGGGCAGCAGCCGCGACACAGAGAACGUAUGCAGGCACCUCUUGGAGCGAAGACACUUGGGAUGCCAGCUCAUGGAAACCAGGUUGGGCGCCAUCUGCGCAGAGACCCAGGUCUCCGAGGCCAAAGUCGCCCAGGCAAGCGAGAAGCAGUUGGGACUCUUGGGAUGGAUGGCAAAACGGGAAUGCCCAGAAAGGCAAAGGACAGAAAGGUGGCAAAGACAAGGGUGGCAAGGCGCAUGGAAAACAACUUGCGCAGGAGCUGCCAAACACAGCCGGUCCCAGCACAAGCAAACCCAGCGACUCCCAGCGAUCCUCUGCUGGGGGCACUCAUCGCACACGUGUCCGAGCAGUCGGAUCUACCUCCAUCCCUCCGCAACAUGCUUGCGCAGCAUCAAACCAACAACGCAAACUUCUGCAUCAUUGGGUUACAAAGCAAACAGAGGCCAAAGCGGCCUUGAGCAAGCUUGCGCAGGAGCAAGAAGAGUACGAUGCGAAUUGGUGUGCUUAUCUGACGAAGGUGAUGGAAACGUUAGAACACCAAAUCUUGGAUCGUGCCAAAGUCUUGGGGGAGUAUGCGCAGGCAGAAGCACAGUGGAGCGCACAGUUGCAGGAUGCAACGGUGCAGUUGGCACAAAGGGCCAAUGGCGAGGAUGGGACGUCCAACCAGGCACACAUGGAUGUGGAUACAAACGAAGCGGCGGUGGCAGAAGCCGCCAGGAUAGAGGCGAAGCAUGUUAUCAGGCGGGAACGGAUGGAGGAACAGCAGUCGGAGCUGAUGCAGGCUUUAAAGAAAGCCAAGGAGGCAGCAGAGGCCGCCACGGUGGUAAAGGAAAAGGAUCGGGACAGAACCCCGCGCAGGCGCCCCAAAGACAAGGAGGGCGCGGCGGAGUGCAUCGAAGUACCAGACUCACCAGCGCCCCACGCAUCGGAUGAUUUCUGCUCCGAGUGGUUUGCCACCUUCCUGGGACAACACUUGCAUUUCGAUUGCUGGUUGGAGCAGUGGGAUGGCCGACUUCGUUUGAUGCUUGAUCCCAGGGUUGAGCCUGUGCAUUUUGAAGCCGAGACUGAUUUGUCAUCGGACACUGCCCGGAGCAGGCUUGCUGAUAUAGGGUCAAAGUGUCACCACCGCGGCAGUACGCUCAAGAGCUGUUUGAAGAAAGGACGUGGCAGGAAACCACACCACCAUGUCACUUUCGACCUAGAGCCUGUAGAGAUGAGCGAUUCGGGUAGCAAGAACCAGUGCGCUGCCCCAAUUGCGGAAUUUUGCGGAAGAACGCCACAAGAGCCAUCUUCCGAUGUACAGCGUUUCAAGUCGGAUGCCAUCGACAGCAAUUUUGACGGACAGAGCGGCGAGGCUGUUGCUGAACCCUCCGGUCCAGUUGAGGCGUCGGCUCUCACGACAGCUGAGACUUUCAGGGAUGACGAUAGCCGUCAGGGCGAUGCUAGGGUCUUGUGCUUGGCUGACAUGAUACCUGAGCACCCAAAAGCUGGAGUUGGAAUUGUGCCUGAUAUGCUUCGCGAUUUGUUGCUUGGACAUGACAUUGGCAGCUUGCAUCUCGGGCUUCCCAGUCUUGAUUGCUUCCAUGAAUCUGUGAGCACUGCUUUUGCAACGUGGCUGGGCAGCAGGCCCUUUGACAUGACUGAGAUUGCCACAGUACAUAUGUACACGGAUGGAGCCCAUUACGAAGACACCAUGACUGGAGCAUGGGCUUUGGUCUGUGCCGUUGAAACAUAUGCUGGCGAGUGGCUGUGGGCCGGCUCUUUGGCCAAUCCAUGUGGAGAGAAUGGCAUGACAGAGCUAAGUUACUGCCGCAGCGCUUUUACACCGGAGCUGCUUGCCAUCAUACAUGCCAUGAUCGUUUCUUUGUCGUGUGACAAGGUGUGUUGCAUCCAUUUUGACUGUUGCAGCGCGUCUCGCGUAGCACAGGGCUUGGAUGCCAGUGAUCACGUGCUCGCGGAUGUUGCGGUUGGCGUGCAUGAGCUGUUGAGUCGGAAGUUGUAUGCGACUUACUUCAGGCAUGAACCAGCUCACACUGGUGUAGCUCUGAAUGAGGCUGCGGACAAAUUGGCCAAAAUCACGUGCCCCGGCUGGAAUGGCGCAGCAUGUAACACAAUGCUCGAUGAAUUUGUUAGUGACGGCAUCCUGCGAUGGCUAUGGCUGUGCCACCCCAGCAUAGCGGCGGACUGCCAGUGGCCAUACAUUUGCCCUGAGACGGGGGUCUUCGCGUGCAAUGUUGACCAUAGCACGGAGUAUUGCGCACGCAAGGGCGAACACGAGGUCCGAUCUUCUGAAACCGGCGCUUCGUCAGAGGCGGUUGAUUCGGGUUGUGAUAAGCAUGUGACUGUUCGAACUGUCACGUACAACGUGACCACUUUGAAAGGACGAGCGUGUCGGGAGUCGCUUGCUAAAGUAUUCAAAAACAAUCACGUGCAGAUAGCGAGGCUCCAGGAAACACGCAGCAGUCAGGACCAAGUUAUCGAUGUAGACGGCUACCGGUGCUAUUGUUCAGCUGGAUGUGACGGUCAGUUUGGAUGUGAAGUUUGGAUAGCGCACGGUUCCGACUGGGACCUCUCGACCACUGCUGUCACAGUCCAGCAGCCACGCUUGGUUGUUGUUACCGGCAAAUGCGGUGGGCAGACCUUUGCAGUAGUCUCAGGCCAUGCUCCCCAAUCAAAACAUUGCGACGAAAUCAUCGACCAAUGGUGGCAAAGCUUUUUUGAAGUCAUGCACAGAAUUCCCAAGGAUGCUUGCCCCAUUGUGCAUUUGGAUGCGAACGCUCGCUACAACGCUGAAUCUGUCGAGCAUUGUGUCCCCGUCAACAGAAAUGCUCUACACUUGGAUCGCUUUCGCAGUGACUUCAGCAUGUGUUUUACAGGCCACUAUGACACCGCAGGCAGACGUCUUGUCACUUGGCGAAGCCCGCGCAUGAAGGAAGAUGUCAUAGAUUACAUCUUGGCACUGGCGCGGCUUUUGAGAAGCAUCUUGAAAUGCGGCAGGCAGUACAGGGCCCCCAGGACAGCGCCCGUACUUGUUGCAGCUGACGGGUCGUGGAUCACGGACCCGAGUAUUACUCGGGAAAUGCUUGGCGAGCAUUUUGCCAAAGCUGAGCGUUGCAUCAUGUCCACUGAAGCCGAGCUGCAAAAGGUUGUGAAGAACUUUCGGCCAAGCAAUUCUGUUGUUGAGGACUUGACGGAUGCACCGGCCUUCUCUGAUCUUGUGCGUGCAUGCAAGUCGUUGAAGAAUGGGAAGGCGCCGGGGCUACGGGGCAUACCACCGGAGGCUUACAACCAAGUGCCUGUUGAAGCUGCGAGAGCAUUGUAUCCGUUGCAGCUGAAAAUGCUUGCGACAGGGGAAUGCCCUCGCGACAUGAGGAAAGUUUGGAACGUUGCCAUCCCAAAGAAGUUGGCCGUAGGUGUUGAAGCAUGGCGCGCUGUAGCACUUAUGGAACCCUCCAUGAAGGCCAUAGCCAAGUCUGCAAGACAGAGGCUUGUACCAUAUUUUCGGAAGGCCUUUUGCUCAGGACAAGGAGGAGCAUUGCCAGGGCAGGGCCUUGAAUAUCCGCAGCUUUUGGUGAAAUCUCACUUUCGCCGCUUGCGUCAGGAGCAUGUGAGUGGUGGGGUGUUAUUCGUUGACGGAACGUCUGCCUUUUACUCAACUGUUAGGCAGUACUUGUAUGACGGAGCGGUCAAUGCCGAAGAGCCGCAUGCGCUGAUGGAUUUAAUCGUUGCUCUGACGCCUGACGCUGCUGAGCAGGCUAGAAUCUUUGCAGUCUUGACUGGACCGUCGGUUCUGGAGCAGGUUCACACGCCUGACACGCUGCGCCGGAUGAUCAUGGCGCUGCUUCACAACACCUACUUCGUCAUGCGCAGAGAAGACGUGCAGGUGCGGGCAUCAAGAACGGGCACAACGCCCGGAGCCCCACUCGCAGAUCUGCUGUUUGCGGGAGUCUUCGCAGGCUUUUUGAAGGAUCUUGACCAAGUGCUACAAAACGAGGGUGUUCUUGUCGGCGUUGCGGACUGUACAGACCCUGAGCGGUGCUUCACAGCACCAACCGCUACAUGGAUGGACGAUGCAUCGUUGCUUGUGCGCGACGCUCGACCGGCCAUGGUGAUGCAGCAUGUACACACCGUCGUUCGACACACACACAGCAUGCGCUCCAAUCCAUAG